AUGCUUGCCGCUGCCCUUGUAUCUGCUCUCGUAUCCGCCGCCGCCGCCGCUCCGAACCUUGCGGUGCGCCAGAGCGGGAGCCCUCCUUGCUACGGCCUAGGAGGACUGCAUGUCUACGAGAACCUCUCCAAUUUCACGCUGUCCGCAGUGAACACGACCCUGCCUAAUGCGAAUAGUACCGGCGCACCGUUAGUUCUCGCCUCUAACAAUGUCAACUGGAUCCCAGCGGCCAGCACAGUACUCGCUACCUACGCCUCUUUCCCACCUGACAUCUGGUCGGGGCCAGAAUUUUCGCUCAUCAAUGGCGCCCUCAUUCCAGCUCCCAACGGCAAUCUCGUGGGCUACGAUGCAAAUGUUACCUCGGGCUAUGGCCUCGGAUUCGCAGUCACGGAUCCCGAAAAUGAGCAAUCUGGGGCGGAAAUUUACUGUGUUCAGGAUGACGGUGCACCUUCAGGCUUUCAGCACGCCUACCUCGCCGUUUUCGGCGACACGGCGAACUUCUCUCUCUGCACGAGCUUGAGCGUCGAUGCUGAACAGCCACCGCAGAACCAGGUUAUAUACAAAGCGACGUCAGAAAACAAUGACCAAUACGACUAUAAUAGUUGCUAUGCUGUUCAGCUAAUCAUUCAGGCCCCCUAA